AUGGCCUCCUCAAAUUCCAUAUUGUUGAUAAAUAGAUUGCUCAGUCUAAAGGAACAGUCUCCCUUUUUGCUUGUGGAGGACUCUCUUUCGCAGUCGUCAGCAUACUUCACACAGGAAUUCGUCUCGAGAGUGCCUACAACACCAAUAGUGUACCUUUCAUUUGAAACAGUGAACGCGCCCAGUUUUGCUGCAAACUUUGUACAAUGCCUUGGUCUAUCUGUUGAGGAGAUCCACUCCAAGAUUGAGAGCAAUGCCUCGAGGAAGACAAUCGUGAUGGUCGACUCUUUGAACUACAUUCCUCCUUCACAGAUCACCAAGUUUAUCAAGAUGCUUGUUCAUCCCAAUGUGAUACUGUACGGUGUUUACCAUAACAGUAUCCCUCACAUAGAAACACAGGAUUACCCCAGUUCACUGCAAUUGCUUCAGUUCAUGGCAACGUCCAUUUUUGAAAUAAGACCAAGGCUCAAGAACAUGGAUGAGGAAGAGGUGGAGCACCAGAUGGAUAUAUGGAGGUUUCCAAUAGGGGAAAUUAACUCAAGCGAAUUUUAUGUUACUCUGACAAACAGAAGAAAAUCAGGAAGGUCUGUUGUUCACAAAUACGAGAUAAAUUCUGACACUCACGAGAUUACGCCAUAUGUCUCCAAGGCGAAGGAGGAUGCCGUUGGCGAUGAAGAGCUGCUGAAAAAUCUCACCACCUUCAACUUGACCACAUCUACAAGGCAGAAGCAUGCCAGACAAGAAGUUGAACUUCCUUUCAUGAUGGCACAGAAUGGGGAAGGGGCCGUUGGAGGCGCGAUCGUUUAUCAGUACGAACAGGAUGAUGAUUACGACGAAGAAGAUCCCUAUGAAGAUCCGUUUUGA